GCUUUGCUGUCCAGUACAAAUCGGAGGACACCAAACAGACAAUAAAUUAGAGAUACUUAGUCAAUAAUUUGGUCCAAAUCGCCCACACUGCCACCGACACCAGACAGUAUUUGACAUAUUAUUUUUUGUAGGUGAAUGCGGGUACACUCAGGCGUAUUGGAUUUGUUUUCAAGCCAAAUAUGCUAGCACUGCUAGCUAACUAGCCAGCAUCUCGUCGCCUCUUCAUUUUCAUGGGCUUCUGCUGCACUCAGGUCGUAUUAUGAGUGGGGCGAGUUGCAAAGCGAACGGCGCUGUGUACCCUGCCUCAUCAGUGAUGAUGAACUCGGUGAAGAAGCCGAAGAUGGAGCAGAUUCAGGCCGACCAUGAGCUGUUCCUGCAGGCCUUUGAAAAGCCAACUCAGAUAUACAGAUUUCUCCGCACAAGGAACUUGAUUGCACCCAUAUUCUUGCACAGGACGCUCACCUUCAUGUCACACAGAAACACUCGAACAAAUGCCAAAAGGAAAACAUUCAAAGUGGAUGAUAUGUUGCAGAGAGUGGAGAAGAUGAAGGGAGAUCAGGAAUCUCAGAGCUUGUCUUCACACUUGCAGCUAACCUUCACUGGGUUCUUCCAUAAGGAUGAAAAGCCAUCUCAGAAUUCAGAAAAUGAACAAAAUUCAGUGUCAUUAGAGGUGCUACUUGUGAAAGUCUGCCAUAAAAAACGCAAGGAUGUCAGCUGCCCGAUAAAGCAAGUGCCUACAGGUAAAAAGCAGGUGCCUUUGAAUCCUGACAGUAACCAAACCAAGCCUGGCUCCUAUCCUUCCUUACUGGUCUCCAGCAACGAGUUUGAGCCCAGCAACAGCCACAUGGUGAAGUCCUACUCACUCCUGUUCAGGGUGUCACGCACAGGGAGGAGGGAUACCAACGGUCUGGUCAACGGAGAGGCCAAUGAAAACAUUGAUGUAACAGAGACACCUAGCAGAAAAAAGAGGAGCUCAUCACAUAGAGAGGACGGAGAGACCACAGAGACCUAUGUUGCACAGAUGACUGUCUUUGACAAGAACAGGAGAUUGCAGCUGCUGGACGGGGAGUAUGAGGUGUCAAUGCAAGGGAUGGAGGACAACCCUGUCAGCAAGAAGCGAGCCACCUGGGAAACUAUUCUGGAUGGGAAGAGGCUGCCACCAUUCGAGACAUUCUCUCAGGGACCCACGUUGCAGUUCACACUGCGUUGGACAGGAGACGCCAGCGACAAGUCCACAGCCCCCGUGGCCAAACCCCUUGCCACCCGCAACUCGGACAGCUCCAGCCCCAUGGAGACCAGGACCAGCACCCUCCGAGCUGCCCCAGUGGCAGUGAAAGACUCGGUCAGCACGGACGUUCAGAUGAGGAGAGAGCAGGUCCUGUGUGAGCCGCGACAGAAGCUGCGUAUAUUUUAUCAGUUCCUGUACAACAAUAACACACGGCAGCAGACGGAAGCGAGGGAUGACCUCCACUGUCCUUGGUGCACCCUCAACUGUAGGAAGCUCUACAGCCUGCUCAAGCACCUCAAACUCUCCCACUCCCGCUUCAUCUUCAACUACGUGCCUCACCCUAAAGGAGCGAGGAUAGAUGUGUCCAUCAACGAGUGCUAUGAUGGCUCUUACGUUGGCAACCCUCAAGACAUCCACAGCCAACCGGGUUUCGCUUUCAGCCGCAACGGCCCUGUCAAGAGGACUGCUGUCACUCACAUACUGGUGUGCAGACCCAAGAGGACCAAACCAAGUCUGUCGGAGUUUUUGGAGUCUGAGGACGGAGAGCUGGAGCAGCAGAGGACGUACGUCAGCGGACACAACCGCCUCUACUUCCACAGCGACAGCUGCAUGCCCCUGCGCCCUCAGGAGAUGGAUAUAGACAGCGAGGACGAGAGAGACCCCGAGUGGCUCAGAGAGAAGACUGCCACGCAACUGGAGGAGUUCACAGACGUCAAUGAAGGAGAGAAGGAAGUGAUGAAGUUGUGGAACCUGCAUGUCAUGAAGCACGGCUUCAUCGCAGACAACCAGAUGAACCAGGCCAGCAUGCUGUUUGUGGAAAACUGCGGUGCCUACAUCGCUCGCCGCAACCUCUGCCGUAACUUCCUUCUGCACCUGGUCAGCAUGCAUGACUUCAACCUGGUGAGCGUGGCCACCAUCGACCGUGCCAUGGUGCGUCUCCGACAGAUCCAAGAGGAGCUGCCAGCCGCCGAGGAGGAGCAGCAGGACCAGACUCUGACGAUGGGAGGAGCCUGUAAUGGCACCGCCGUCACCUCCAGUGGAGGAAAGCAGGGCAAGAGGACAAAAAGUGGUGUAACAGACUGAUGCGGGCUGCACAGAUGGGACAGUGAAAGUCUUUUUUUUCCCCUCCCUUUUUCCUUUCUUUUUUUUUCCAAUUUUUUUUUUUAUCAUUAUUAUUAUUUUUUUUUUUUUUUAUAAUGACCCUUACCAACCCUUUGGUGCUUAGGUAGGCGGGAGGACUGAUCAGCAGAGGAUCUGACUCAGAGCAGACCAGUAUACACAAGUAAACAAGUUUUUAGGAACUUGAGAACUGAACCAAAUACGAACAAUAUACAGUAAAUCACCCACAUACACACAAAUCAGGCAUUUGAAGACCGGGAAAUAUAAGUUGAACCAACUUAAUAUGCAUUUUGUAGGAGCCACUGAAGUAAUCUGUUGUUGGAAGAGAGAGUGAACAAACUGAUAAUCUUCUGAUGUGGCAUGACUGCCAUUGCUAUGCCCAUACAAUAGAGAACUCUAUGAAGUCUACAGUGGAAACUGUAAUGGUAACAUUGUCACUCUUGAUUAUUUGUACAUGUACACAAUAACCUUGUUGGCUCUUGUUAUCCUUUUAGCUUAUUAUUUUAGCACUUGGUAUUUGUAUUUAGAGAAUUGUUACCUUGAAAAUGCAAUUUUUUUUAUUUUUUUUUAAAUAUCCAUGCUGCAUCCAUACUUUUGGAUGCAGCUUCUCAGAUGUCUGUCAUCAGUGGGAAAUCUUUCGGGGUGUUUGAUUUGUCAUGAAUGACAUUUAAAACAGGGGUAAUGCUAUUGAAAAGAGAUGAACCUCACAGUAGAAAUCUACACUCUUGAUCUUUGUCAAGAGUAUGUGAAGCCUGCAAGGCAUGUUUUCCGUAACUGUUGGGACCGCUGAAGUAGUGGUGGGCUUUGCCAUAGAGAGCAGUAUGUUCUUAUGACACUUGGAUGCAAAAAAAAGAGAAACAAUUUUGAAUCUGGGCCCCAGGUUACAACCCUUGCUGCAGGGCUUAAUUCCAUUUGGUUGCGCUCAUCAUCCUGAAGUCCUCUGACCUGAAUUGAUUCAUGGAAAGCCAGGAAGAUCUUUUCUGAGGAUGCUCUGAUCCCUAAGAUUUACCGAAACAACCAGCAGCACAUCACCUCAUGUAUCAUGUAGACUGCAUAGUGUUAAAGAUGUAAAAAUCUACAGAGGUUUUCUGAUAAAUGCUGGAACCUGUUGUGUGUUUUCCUUUCAUUUUGAGGUAUGGACAUGCUGGGAAUACAUGCGUCCCAAUAUCAUGUUUUAACAAGGGUUCUAAGUGUUAGUAGCUGAUACUUUACAGAAAUUUGUAUACAUUGUAAUAAUGUCAAAUAUCUAGCUGUACCCCAUUAUGAGUCAAAUUAUUAACAGACUGCAAAUCAUGUUUUUUUUUUUGUUUGUUUAUUUGUUUGUUUGUUUUGUUUUUGUUUUUCUUCUCAAAGCAAUAUGCUGUUUAUUGAAAGGUUGAUUUUUGAGGUCCAACUCAGUUGACUAUCCUGUUAGGUGCAGUUUUAUGCCAAAGGGGAUGAUUUUCAUUGAAUUCUUUGUUAGUUCUGUAUUUUUAUUUUUAUUUUAUUUUAUAGUGUCUUGUAUCCUUUGUUCAUUACAUGGCAAGUUUUAAAAGCUGUAGUUGUGUUUUGUAGUGUGCACACAAACUGAUGAUCAACACCAUUCAUUAUUUCAUCCGACUUCCCUCGUGGACAACCAAAUUAACUACAGUAUAUAUUUUUCUCUCCCUCGAUUACUUGUGCAGGCUUUUUUUUUUCUUCUUCUUUCUAGUCCGAUGGAAAAGGGAGACUCAAUUGCUUCACCAUUAUCGUCAUAACACCCUGAUAAAAAUUGUGAACUGUAAACUUUGAAUAUGGGGAUUUUUAUAUUUAAAAAAAUAAAAUACAUUUGACCUUG